AGAAGACACACCUAGCUUUUGGUUGGUAUAAUUCUUUAAGUCGUUGCCUACUUUGUGUAUUACUAAAACUUAUCAAACCAGUCGCACCUUCUCAGGUAUAUAGGAAUAGAAAAAAAAAGGACUUACAUUUUCAGGAUUAGAAGACAUUUUUUUGUAGCGCAGGAAGAAAUUCGUUCCACUAUGUCGUAAAUUCACCACAGAUAUUAAGUACACAACAAGACAAUGAAUAUUGAGAACAAUGUUUAAAUUUAAAAAAAACAACAUGUGUGAGCAGUCAUGAAAUGCAAGACUAACUUGAGGCUGUCGCCUGGUCGCUAAAGUCGUUUGAAAGUGGCCAGUGGAUAUAUCUGGUUCUAACAUGUUUCUGAGACGGAUUAUUUUCCUGAGAGUGAUUAGCCAUUUGGUGCUGUUGUCCAGUUUGAUAGCACCCUCAGCGGCAUCAUUAACUUUAUCGUGUCCGGAAGGCUGGUCAUUGAUUGGUUCAACGUGCAAUAAAGUUUACAGCAGAAGAUUAACUUGGGAUGGAGCAUACAAUGCAUGCAAACUCCAAGGAUCUGACUUAGUUCAAGUAAAAGAUGCUCAUAUCAAUAAUGACAUAGGAUUACUAGCAAAAUCUAAUUUAUUAUCAAAUUAUUGGAUUGGUCUUAGAAGUAAAACAAAGUCUAAUUUAACUGAUGCUGCUGAAUGGUCUGAUGGCACCACAUGGUCUUUGUAUCAAGGGUUUUGGUCUAGCGACCAGCCUGACUCCAGUGAUGGUAGUUGUGUGUCUGCUUCUGAUAAUGCUGGACAUUAUCGAUGGUCUCUGGUUGGCUGUGAGAAUAAGAACCCUUUUAUCUGUCAAUAUAAAGCUUGUGAUAGCGAAAGCUUCAGGUGUUCAAAUGACAUCUGCCUUUCAUCAAAAUAUAGAUGUGAUGGUAAAGAAGAUUGUCAAGAUGGAUUAGAUGAAAUAAAUUGCUCAUCCUUUUGUAAAUAUAUGUACCAAAAUGAAUCAGGGUCUUUCAGCUCUAUUAGCUAUCCAAAACCAUACAGUCCUAACAGUUUUUGUCAAUGGACUAUAGAGACUUCUGUUGGCUCAGUCGUUGAGAUGGUCUUUACAGAUAUUGACACUGAAUUAGGUAUAGAUGAAAUAGUCAUCUUUGGUGGAGGUAAAUCCGAAGUCUCUUCGAUGUCACUAAAACAUCUUUCUGGUCAGAUGACUAAUUAUACACUCAGAAGUUUUAACAACUUUUUGAUUGUGAGAUUUACAUCUGAUAGUUCCAAACAAGGCAAAGGUUUCAAUGCUCUUUGGUCUAGAGUUUUUGCUCAGGAAGAAGACAUUGGGGAGACAUUAAUAGGGGAAAAAUUUAUCCAGUUUCUCUCAUCACCUCAAUAUCCUUCUCCCUAUCUUCCAAAUCAAGAGAGUGUCUACAUCAUUAGUUCUAGACAACAGAGGCAGAUUCUACAUUUAAAAAUUCUAGAUCUUGAACUGGCUGAAGGAGACUAUAUUUCUGUGUAUGAUGGGAUUGAUGCAUCAUCUCCAGUGCUGGCUCAGAUGACGUCAUUAACAUCAUCUGGCAGGGACAUUCUGUCAUCUGGCCCACAUGUAUACUUGCUCUUUAGAACCCAACAGUUGAUCAAUCAGGCCAAAAGGGGAUUCAACUUGUCUUAUGAAACAGGCUGUUCUGUUGUGCUGGACUCAGACUUUGGAAAAAUUUCUUCACCUGGAUUUCCUUAUUCUGCUUACAGUAACUCUCUGACUUGCACUUGGAAAAUAAAAACCAAAUCUAACAAAAGUUUCACUCUGCUGUGGGAUAAUACUUUUGACAUUCAUCCUUCUGAUGAAUUAUUGUUGUUUCCUGGUUUAGAUUUAGAUGUAUCUACUUUGGAGAAUACCAAUAAUAGCAUUACAGUAACUACACCAACAAAUUUUUCUGAACCUAGUGGGAAACUUGUAAUUAUAUUUAGAACAAGUGCUAUACUUAAUGCCAGAGGAUUUAAAGCUACAUUCUCAGCAGAUUGCGUGAGACCAACAUUUAACAACAACACACUAAUUCAACCAUCAGCCAACAGCUACCCCUAUGGGUCUGUGCUGAAUGUAACUUGUAGAACUGGACAUGUUUUUGAUAGUGAGGAGUUUUAUGAAGUCACCAAGUCCAGUAAAGAAAUUAAAUCCCAAGUAUUGAUGGUCUGUAACUAUGGUGGCCAGUGGAAUGUUCAGAGAAUACCUAACUGCACACCCAGAUACUGUGGUUUGCCACCUCCAAUUUCAAAUGGCUUCAUUCUGUCUUCAAGUGGAGUAGUGUAUGGCUCAGAAGUUAAUUAUGGCUGUUACUCUCAAUACAAGCUCUCUAGUGAAGCCUCUGUGAAGUGUCUUAUGAAUGGAACAUGGAGUGCCCCGCCUUCUUGUGUUGCAUUUCAAAGUUGUCCAUCACUGAAUACAACAGCUAUAACCAAUUUGAUCCAGGACAAUGGUACAGAACUAGGAAGUGUUUAUGGAUUUCAGUGUUUAAACGGCUAUGAACUGAUUGGCUUCCCAAACGUAGCAUGUAGGGAUGGAAAUUGGAGCAGCCAGAUUCCUUCAUGCAAAAGUCUGGUUUGUGUCAUUCCUUAUAUACCAUAUGCAACAGUAAAAACAAAUGCAUUGAGUGUAGCCUUUGGUGUUACGGUCAUUGUAGAGUGCAUCACAGGCUAUGUCAUUAAAGGCACAUCAGGAAAUGUAACAAAUAUUAAAUGCCAGAGUAGUAUGACAUUUGGCACCUCACCAGUCUGUGAAGUAUCCACAUUUAACUACUGUAGUCUAUCACCUUGUAGUAUUAAUGAGACAUGUGUUGGAAAAAUAGGAGGAUAUGAGUGUCAAUGUCAGAGUGGAUUCUUCAAACAAGGCAGUUCCUGUCAAGAUAUUGAUGAGUGCCAACAGUCUAUUAGCAAUUGUAGUCAGCUUUGUACCAAUACAGUGGGAGGCUACAACUGCAAAUGUCAACCAGGCUAUGAACUGUAUAUGUAUAAUGGCUCUAAUGGUUAUUUUAUUCCCACUGGUGAAACCGGACUAAGAGCUGGAGAUGUAUAUCAUAUCAACCACACAUGUGUUUUACAUGUGUGUGAAGCUGUCAGUCUGUCCAACGGCUAUAUCUUAAAUCCUCAAGCAACCUAUCAUGUCAAUGACACAGUGGCAUUCAGCUGUAACAUUGGAUUUGUCUUAGCCACUGACACAAAUAAAGUCACUUGUACAGGUUCAGGAAGUUGGACUCCAAGCGCUCCUUAUUGCAAAGUUGCUCAAUGCGCACCUGAUACACUGCCUCCUUUAGCAUACCCACCUGCUCAGGUGAUCCCCAGUGUUCCAGUGGAUUACUUGACUAAUGUGACCAUAGUAUGCAUCAGGUCAGGGAAAGUUCAAGAUAAUAGGACCAGGACUUGUCUCUAUGACCCAAGUACACUGAGUUACAAGCUUCAAGGAGACAGCUAUGACUGUGGAGCCUGGCCUUCAGAUUGUGGAACACCUGAAGCUUACCUUUCUGUUGGAGCUCUUGCAUUGUUAAUUACAUCCACUAGAAAUGGAACUUACUUCCGAAUGGAAUGUGAACUUCCUUAUCUUCUGUCCAAUCAAGAAAUAUUUGUCAAUGUUUACUGUGUGAAUGGACUGUGGGAUUUUAACAAUAUUUAUUGCAUUUAUGGCUUUUGUCCUGACCCUGUAGCUCCUCAGUAUGGAACAGUCAAUGUUUCAAGCUACAACUAUGGGGAUGUUACCACAUUUGGCUGCAGUGAUGGGUAUCAUCCAUCAUCCAAUGUAUCAAUCUGUGAUUUUAAUGAAUAUGGUGGAAUACUGGAAUGGAACGUUGUCGACCCAAUUUGUAUAGAUGACCAAAAUAGUUGCCACACUGGUUUGCCCAGUACUUUCUGUAGAGCUGUUGAGAGUGGGUGUAAUUCAACAGAGUGCCAGUUUAAAAAUUAUUGUUCUCUACAAACUGGGAAUUGUCUGUGUGAAGGAGAUUCCUACAGUUACUGUCCAGUUAUUACAAACAACUGUAAGCCAGACAGCUGUAGCAGUCAUGGUACUUGCAUUGACAAUGGUACCCAGAGUCAUUGUGUAUGCACAAAAGGCUUUACUGGACAAAGAUGUGAAACUCCUGAGGUAUCAGCUUGUGACAGACUCAGGUGUGACAAUAAAGGCACAAGACUUUGCCAACCCCUCGACCUGAUCUAUGCUGUGUGUCUUUGCAAGCCUGGCUACUCUGGACACUUUUGUACUGAACUUAAUGAUGCUUGUGCCACUGAACCAUGUAGGAAUGGAGGAACAUGUGAAAAGGUAAACAACUCCUACACUUGUUCCUGUGUGACUGGCUUUAAGGGCACUAACUGUGAGCUGCCUGAACUUACCUGUGGAUCAUGUAGGAAUGCUUCAAGUUGUGAUAUUGAUUACAAUACUGGCCUACCUUUAUGUACCUGUUCACCUGGCUAUACUCAAGGCCCUAUCUGUGACUUCCAGUACCUUGUGGAUCAGACUCUGGCAGGAACUUUGUUAUCUUCAUCAACUGUUAAUUACAAAGAAUGCCAUAUUAGUUGCCUACAGAAUGAACUAUGUGAUGGAUUCACCUACACUUUCAAUACAAGCUUGUGCAGUACAUUUGCAAAUGUCAGCAGCAGUGCCAGUGUGGCUUCUACUACCAAUAAGACUGUAGCAGUCCUGAAGAAAUGUCACGAUACAACAGAGACUACAUUCUACACACCAUGGAUCACACCUAGAGGCUUUGAAAAUGGUUUCAAUGAGGGAUUAGUUAAUUUAUCAUCAGCUUUUGAGGAAUCAAUAUGUACCUGGACACAGCCUCUAAGAUCAGAAUGUCGCUCAAAAAGUGGUGGACAAUUAUCAUCUAAUGUUUUAUGUGAUACCAACAGAGUUGUUUGUCCAGGAAAUAUAGGAUUAAACUGCACCGAUGUUGAAAUGAGGUUCCUGUGUGCCAGGAGCAGAGUGUCAGCUGACAAGCCCUGUUUGUUGAGAGAUGUCUGCCAAGAGCUGAAACCUUGUGUCAGAGGCAUUUGUGAAGUGACAAACACCACAAGUUUCCACUAUAAAUGUAUUUGCCCAGAUGGAUAUGAAGGGGCCAACUGUCAGCAUGAAAUUAAGACUUGUCCAGGCACAAACUCAACAAGUACCACAUGUUUCUGUCCUGUAGGAUUCACUGGUGACCUUUGCGACAUUAAUGUUGAUGAUUGUGUGACAGCAGCAUGCAGCACAGCAGGGACUCUAAAGUGUAUAGAUGGAAAUAACACAUACACAUGUGUGUGUAAAACUAACUACACUGGAGCUAUGUGUCAGCUCUAUGAAGAUGAUUGUCUAUCCCAACCUUGUCUGCACGGUGGAACUUGUAUAGAUCUCAACUCAAACUUCACAUGUAGUUGUCCGCCUGGUUGGACUGGACGUCAGUGUGAGACAUUAAUUAACCUGUGUGAUAUCAACCCAUGCAAAGGUGGGGCAAAGUGUACCGCUUUGUUGGAUGACUUCUACUGCAGUUGCCCAUCACAGACAUACAGUAAAGUAUGUGACACAACUCCUGAUGUCUGUAAUGUCAGCAACCCAUGUCUCAACGGGGCUCAGUGUCUCAAUAAUGGGCUCAACUGUUCUUGUCUGACAGGUACAACAUUUGCUGGAUGCCAGCUGUAUUCCUCCUGUGAACAAGGAUUCUGUCAGAACGGAGGUUCAUGUUUAGCCAACAUAAACACACCUGCACUCUGUACCUGUCUUCCAGGUUAUUCAGGCAUUUAUUGUGAAACACCCAUCCACAAGUGUCCUCUGGUAAACUGCAUCAGUCCAGCCACAUGUGUUGAAGGCAUUAAUGAGCCUUUCUGUAGGUGUCCCAUUGGGAAACAAGGAGCUACAUGUAUGGAAGAUAUCAAAGAUGAUUUUGACUAUUGUAUCAGACCUUCUUCUGACACCAGUGGUGCCACAUUACCUUACCCUGUUCCAUACAAUGACACUGGAGGGUUCACAGUCAAGCUGUGGGUCAAGUUUACAAGGCCAGGAUCUAUGGGAAACUUUCUCACAUUGUAUUAUACAAAGGAAGGCUACAAGACACAGCCAUCGGAUGUUAUCUUUGCUAUAGAUCAUGUUGGUGUGAGACUUAGAAAUUUGACUUACAUCAGUUUCCUUGGCUUUGCAGUCAAUGAUGGCAACUGGCACAAUGUUCUGGUGUCAUGGAAAAAAGAUACUGGUCAGGUUGAGCUGGUGAUAGAUUAUUUGAAAAACGCUGUUGUCACUGGAUAUUUGCAAGGAAUAACAUUCAGUGCUGGAGGGUUUAUGGCUGUGGUUGGGUCAUCACAAUCAGAGCCUCAGAAAUUUGUGGGCUGUAUCUCUGACCUGGACAUGCUGGACAGACCAGUGGACACUUCCACUGAAUUGAAUGGAAUCAAAACUAACUCCAGUGCUUACUUAGGUAAUGUUUUUAGAUGGGGAGAGCUCCAGCCCAUAGGCAAUGUCUUGAUAAUCCAGCCUUCUAGUGCUGCAUUGAGUAAUUGUACUGGAGGAGGCCUGGGACCUUCUUGUUCUCAAGCAUCAGAUAUAACACCACCAGUAAUCAGCCAGUGUCCAUCUAACCUUGCCAUUUCAACCCUGCAAGCAAACACACCAGUCUCAUGGUCACUUCCACCUAACUACAAUUUCACUUGCACUCAUCAGCCAGGAGAUAUCUUUGCCUUAGGUAGUCACACAGUGGUUUGUGUAACUAAAGAUUUAGCUGGUAACACUGCUAUCUGUUCAUUUUCUGUGUAUGUUAAUGAUGCUUUCUGUCCAUCACUCCCUCAGCCUAGAGGGAAUGGGACAGAUGUAUGCAAUGCUGCCAAUAAUUUUACAUACUGCUCAAUGGAUUGUCCAGCUAAAGUGUCAACCUUGACACAACCUGCUCCAUACUAUUAUACUUGUGGACCUGAAGGAGCUUGGGAAUCACUUGUAGCCACAGAUGGUCUAUUUCCAUCGUGUGGAUUGGUCAGCAAUGAGUCUCAAGUUAACAUUGAGAUGAGUCUGACUUACAACUUAAAUGGGACCAAUUGUACCAGCAUCAGCGAUGCCUUAAAGAACAAGACAAGAGAGAAACUUUUACAGCUUCAAAAGCCGUUAGGAAAUGUGUUGUGUUCAAUGGAGAGUUGCCAGGAUGUAGCUGUGGUGAUCAAUUGCAGUCAGCCAGAGAUUGUAUCCGUGCAAAUCUCACUUCAGAACAUCAGUACACCUGUGUACAAUGGUAGUGAGGUACUGAGACCUGAAGAUCUUUUACUUAUUGCUGUUCUUGAUGAUGAUUUGUUCAAUUGGAAAGAUGUUUUCCCAUCUUUAGACUUUGACACGGAUGAUUUCAAUUUAGAUGUCACAUUUCAAUGUCCAUUGGGCCAAGUAUUUAGGAAUGGAUUCUGUGUAUCCUGUGGUCCUGGUACGUAUUACAAUACAUCUUCUACCACAUGUGAAAACUGCCCUGUGGGUCUGUAUGCUGAAACAUAUGGACAGCUCAGUUGUUCACUUUGUCCGUCAGGGAAAACUACUAGAGGCAAGGGAAGUGACUCUGCAAUGUAUUGCACAACCAACUGCAGUUCAGGAGAAGAAUUUUUAAUGUCAACCAAAAGUUGUGUCCCUUGUCAUCGUGGGUACUUUAGAGAUUCAUCUAACUCAAGUCAGGAGAACUGCCUUAUGUGCCCUGCAGAUUUUAUAACCCCUAGUGAGGCCAGUGUAUCGUCAGCUCAGUGUUAUAUCAGAAACUGCACAAUUCUUGGUACCUACAGGAAUGCACAGUCUAACCAAUGUGAGAACUGCCCUAUUGGGACUUACAGUGAUACAAAAUGGCAAGAGGCUUGUAGAUCUUGUCCUUCGGGACAGACCACAGAAUCAGUUGGAACCAGUUCAGUCAAUUUGUGUUACACCAGUUGUUCAGCUGGUCAGUAUUUCAAUAUCAGCCAAAGAGUUUGUUUACCAUGUGAUAGUGGGCAGUAUCAGGACAUGCAGGGACAAUUUAAGUGCUUAACAUGUCCAUUUGGUCAGCAAUCAGUGGAGUCUAAGACAUCUUGUUCAGUGGUAGCCUCUACUCCAACCACAAGCUCUUCAAGUGAGAUUAAUGUGAUUGUUGGAUGUGUGGUUGGUAUUGUUAGCUUCCUGUUGCUGCUUAUACCACUAGCUAUCAUCCUGUGGAGGAGGCUAAGACCAACAACAGCGAAACCCAGCCCAACAGAAAGUGUUGAUUCCAUAAGCCAUGGUGGUACUUCCAUGAGUACCAACUAUUCCAGACUUAUUACCAGAGCUAACUUGAAACCCACACCAGACGACUUCAAUUCAAAUUUUGAUCCUGCAUUUUAUCAUUCCAAACCAGCAGCUGAGGCAGGGCUAGAGUCGCAAUCAACACAGUCCUAUCUGACAUGGAGAAAUAGUUAUAGUAGCCACAAAUUGUAAGGAAGGGGGAGUGAUAUGUGUGUGUAACUAGUGUAAAUGUGAUUUAUACAAAUAUUUAGCAUAGUAUCCUGUUUGGUGUUCAUAAAUAAUAAAUAGAUUUUAUAGUACAACAGACCUAUUAUUCUAUUGAUGCUGCAAAUAGUUUUGUAUAUUUAUAGGUUGUUUUUGUGUUAUUUUACUUGAUAUAAAUAUCUGCAAAGAAGCAUGGAGAAUUAAAGUAUGUUUAUUAAGCAAGUAAGAUUGUCUGUUGAUUGUUUCAAAGCAAAUAAAAAAGUUUGUUUGUGGUUAGUUUAUGUAUCAUGUAUCUAGAGCUGCGAUAUUUAGACUUUAAACAAUCAAAGCUACCUCAUUUCAUUUUCUUUCUUAAGCACAGUGUCUCCCUAGGUCAAACACAGUUACAGUUUAAAUUAUAUAUAUAUAUAUAUAUACUGUUUUUAGGGUAACAAAAUAUUUUGGGACUUCUGUUUCAGGCUUAUUGGCUAGUGUCCCUGGCAGACAAUUAUCCUUUUUAUACUGCAUUCAUGUUCUAGUUUUUUGUUUUUAUUUAUAUGUUAUGGCUUUUGUUAAUGAUAUCUUCCAUAUUUAAAACAGACUGUUAACUAAAGCUAUCAAAUAGUGCCAUGCUAAUGCUAAAAUUAUUAAAAUGAUGUCAUUAACCAAAAAUGUUUAGUUGCUAGUCAAGAGGUCAAUUGUUACCAAUAGGUUCAGGGGAAAAAAUUUUCCAUUCUCUUAAAAUCCAACAUUAAUAGUUAUUUUUAGUUAUUAAAAGCAAAAUAAUCAUUCUAUAAUUUGUAUUUAAUAAAGGGGGUACUGUCUUUUUGAAAAAAAUAAAUUUUUUCUACUUUUCUUGUAACAAAUUUAAUAUCUCCCAUUGAUUUUCUAAAUUUUUCAAAUUUAAAUAUAUUCUUUUGGGUAUCUAAUUGACUAACUCUUAAAGGAAAUUGCCAAACAUUUACUAACUCUGACAACCUUACUGAUCUUGUUACGGUGGCAGAAACAUAUGCAACUAGGAUGGUGAGGCCCGGUGGCUGAGAGGUAAAAAAGUUGGCUUCUGAACAGUGAGGUCUUGGGUUCGAAUCCUGGAAUUUUUAGAUUGCAAAGGAAAUGUUACUUAACUUUUGAUGGAUGAUCGCAACAGCUCUGUAUUAUUAUUUUAUGCAUUACUUUGUGCCUUGGCUUUAACAUGUAUCAGACUUUUGUACUUAUUAUAAACCUACUUUGGUGCAUCUGUUUGUAUGCUGACUGAUGAAAUGUUACCACAGAACACAUUUUUAUUUUAAUAUUUCAUUAUUAUUCCAAACAUAAUAUUUCCAUAGAAAGUUGUAUCUGUAGUAAGUAGCUCUAGCUAAUUUUAGUUUCACUAUUUGGUAUACAUAUAUUUUUUUUUGUGCUGUACAAACUUCAAAUGCGGGUUUGGUAUUUUAACAAAUAUUGUUAUGGAGAAUCCUUUGAAUGCGAUCAUUGUUUUGGUUGUAAGUUUUGAACUGUUUAAUUGUGAAAUGGACACUGGUGCAAUUGCACAGACUUUGUAACAGGUAUUGCUGGUAUGGUAAGUGUCCUUGUGUAGGAGUCCUUGGGUUUUCUGUGUUUUUCUUGUAGUUGUACUAAAUGUCUUUGAAAUGACAUUAAACACAAGUUAUUUCUGA